UGUUCUAGACCUGGAUGCUUACCAGCAGUCAGGAGCUUUCCUAUUUUCAAUGUUUGUGCUUUCAGCAAUCAUUAAACAGAGAGAAGCGAAGGGAAAAUCCACCACGGCUAUUUCCCCCUAUGCAAUCCUUGUACUUGUACUGGACUAACUGGAAAAUGGUUCAGGAUCUGAAGAGAAAGCCAUUCGUUAUUGCUGUCCUCUGGCUGCUCAGCUCAGCACAAGCAGGGAAUGCAGACAGACCCUCAAGGCAUCAUUGCACUGACUUCCAGACAGCAAAUUUCCUACGAGGCAGUAAACUUAAGGUCCAGUUUCUUCUGUUCACCUCCUCAAGCCCCAGCUGUGGAGAGCUGAUUUCAGUUGAUGACGACAUCAAGAGCUGCAGCUUCAAUAGUAGCCUGGAAACCAAGAUCAUAAUCCACGGCUUCAGAGCCUUGGGUACCAAACCUUCCUGGAUUGAAGGGCUUGUCAGUGCCAUACUACACACAACCCAGGUGAAUGUGAUCGCGGUAGACUGGGUUUAUGGGUCUACAGGAGCCUAUCCCUCUGCAGUGGAAAAUGUCACACAGCUUGCCCUCUCCAUCUCACAAUUCAUCAGCAAGCUCCUGGCCCUGGGAAUCUCAAGGACAUCCAUCCACAUCAUUGGUGUAAGCCUUGGUGCACAUGUCGGGGGCCUAGUGGGGCACUUCCACGGUGGUCAGCUGGGACGGAUCACAGGCCUGGAUCCUGCAGGCCCUAAGUACACCAGAGCUAGCCCUGAGGAACGCCUGGAUCCUGGAGAUGCCCUCUUUGUGGAAGCCCUUCAUACCGACGCUGACAAUUUUGGGAUCCGGAUUCCUGUAGGCCACAUUGAUUAUUUCGUUAACGGAGGCAGAGAUCAGCCAGGAUGCCCCCGAUUCAUCUCUGCAGGAUACAAGUAUCUGAUCUGUGAUCACAUGAGGGCAGUGCACCUCUAUGUCAGUGCCUUGGAACAUUCCUGUCCGAUCAUAGCAUUCCCCUGUGCAAGUCAUCAAGAUUUUCUAAACGGUCAUUGUCUGGACUGCGUUGACCCCUUCCUGUUCUCCUGUCCAAGGAUAGGUCUGCUGAAGCAGGCAGGUAUCAACAUGAGAAAGCUGCCCAAGGAAGUGAAAGUUUAUUUAAUGACCAGUCCCACAGCCCCAUUCUGUGUCCAUCACAGCCUUGUUGAGUUCCACUUGCAGAAGAAAAGAAACAAAGUCACCAGCAUUGAGAUCACUUUCUACAGUAACAGCACCCAGGACAUGGCGAAGAUCACCAUACCUAAGCAGCAGGAGAUGGGUAAACGGUUGCUGGCCCACAGAGUUCCCUUCUGCCAGAUAACCAGCGUGACUCUGAAGUACCUCCCCAAGAAUCACCUUUGGAGAAAGGAUGAGACAUUCAUUGUUGGCAAGUUCUGUGCAGCCCCCCUGCCUCUCGAUAGCAAUCGGACAAUGUCAUGCCUGCCUUGGAACCUCACCCUCCCCAGCAACACAGACAUCUCCUAUGAGCUACCCACUCCUUGUGCCUAGCACUGCCUUCAGAGCAUACAGGCAUACCCAAAACUGGAAAGAAGCCCACCAGUACCUAUUGCUGUUCUCUGCUCAUAGAUGAUACUUUCACCAUAAAGCCAGGUGGGUUAUUUACUCCUUGCAUUACAGACACGAUGUCAAGGAAAACAAAUGUGUAGCAUAUUGGUGAGUACAAGGUUGACUGUUUACAGCAAGGCCUCUAAGUUAGAAGACUGGAUUGGGAAUUUUAUCUCAAAGAUUCUGUACUCAGCUCUGAACAUGAGUCAUAUAACCUCCAGAUUUGGAUUUGUAUUAAAGGAGGGGGUAAUAUCUCUUCUUACAACAGGAAUAGUGGGAUGAUUCAUUUCUGGUUUAUAUUAAAGUGUCCUGAGAUCUUCACAUUAAAGG